AUGCCUAAAAACAUUACCAAGGGGAAGGACAAGGAGAAGGCUGUGGAGCGUGCUGCCCUGAAGGGCUUGACAGCAGUCAACCUGGAUGAGGCGGCGGCCAAGAGGGAGAAGAAGAAUGAGAGGAGAAAGGAGGAGGCGGCGGGGUUGGAGAAGAAGGGGGCGAAGAAGGAGGCGAGGGAGAUGAUGGCAAGGGAUGGGAUAUCUCUCAUUCUGGCGGCGGCGGCGCGGGUAGACGGGGAAGAGAGGGAUAGGGAGGGUUUGGCGGCGCUUUUGGCGGCAGCGGAGGUGGUGGAGGAGCAGGAGAUUGCGGAGAAGAUGGAGGGUCUGGAGCUGGGAGAGUAA